AUUCUGUUUCUGCUUCUGUUUCUGGUUUCUCGUUCUGUUUCUGGUUCUGGUUCUGUUUCUGUUUCCCUUUCUGUUUAUGGUUCUGUUUAUGUUUCUGGUUCUGUUUACUAUUCUGUUUCUUUUUCUGUUUCUGUUUUUGUUUCUGUCACCGUUUCUGUUUCUAUUUCUUGUUCUGUUUCUGUUUCUGGUUUUGUUUGUGUUUUUGUUUCUGAUUUGGGCUCUGUUUCUGUUUCUGGUUCUGUUUCUGUUUCUGGUUUUGUUUCUGUUUCCGUUUCUGUUUCUGUUUUUCUUUCUGUUUCUGUUUCUGUUUUUGUUUCUGUUUCAGUUUUUGUUGUUGUUUAUGUUUCUGUUUCUGUUUCUGGUUCUGGUUCUGUUUCUGUUUCCUUUUCUGUUUCUGGUUCUGUUUGUGUUUCUAUUUCUGGUUCUGUUUCUGGUUCCGGUUUAGUUUCUGUUUAUAUUUUCAGAAAACCUAUUUACUGA